UAGAGGAGGGUCAAAUUUGGCCUGUCCAGGUUGAAGCACGGGCGAACAAGUUCCAUGGAAGCAAAACCGCCACGAAGGCUUUCACCAGCCUGCUUCUGACCUGCCGGGGGUUCUACGAGGAGCUACUAAGUCGCCCCGACUUUUACCGGGAAAACACAUUCGGGUUUGAGUGCUGUUCAAGUUUGAUCACUUUCCUAGCAGCGUUAUCUCCGGCCCGUCGCGCCAUGAUUCGCAAGAUUGAGUACUCGGCACACAAUUGGGACGGUUACAGAUCCCCCAACUUAUUUCAGUCAGCCGCGACGCUUCUUACCCACUGUACCUCCUUUCAGUCUCUGAGCAUCAUCAUUCACUUCAGCUGGCCGCUCCUGAAUCGUUUACUUUACUCUGAAAAUCUCCCAGGAAAAUUGUUACCAGACCCAAUCAGAUACUUUAACAUCAGCUCUGACGGCAAUGAUUGGAGAAGACUGCGCAACGCAAGUGUUCUACACUUCCAAAUGUCAUUAUCUGCAGGCUCAGAAGAGAGGGCUAUGAUCAGUGGCUUGGGCGCUUCUGCUGAUCAUGGAAACCUCAAAUUUUGCGGGGAGCAUGGAUACGUUGACACAAACGCCAUCCUGGUUGAGAAGGUCCAAAGACUCAAUACAUACAUAUUCCAGCUUGGUACACACUGCAAUCCGAACUACGCCAUGGACAAACCUGCCACAGGUAGCCAGUUACAGGAAGCAUUAACGCGCUCAAACCUCGACGUGUACGGGGAUGAUCGCAUUGGCCAGUCUGAUCGAUCUGGCAUUGUGUGCAGAGGAGCCCGAAGUCGAAAGUUGAGAGCAAGACAGACGUCUUCAAAUGGAGUUCUACCGGAAGUUGCCCAGAACCCGAAGUAUAUAUAUUGAGGUUCCUGAGGACGAGAAUAAAAUCGAGGAAGCUUGAGGAGUGGGCCGCGCGAGAGUCAACCACGUAGACGAGUUGCCUAGAUACCACAAAACCAUUACCUACUACAGGUGGUGACCAUGACGACAGUUGAUAGCAAUACCAAUGCUGACAUUUAUCCUUGCGG